AAAAAAAAAAAAAAAAAAGGCGGUGUAACAACACAUAUUGCAAUGAAAAGAGGUAGUCUAAUGGCUGCUCUAUUUGGUACUGUUUUAGCUGUAAUGGUGAGCUGUGCAGUUGGGCAAACUGUACACAUAGUUGGAGGCUCCGUGGGUUGGACCACCCAAAUCCCCAACGCUACCUUCUAUAGUGAUUGGGCUUCCGGCCAAAGCUUCCUGGUUGGAGAUACCCUCGUCUUCAACUUCGUGACCGGCCGACACGACGUCGUCCAAGUGCCCCAAGCCUCAUACACCGCCUGCACCGGCAACGCCGCCAUAGGCAGCCCAAUCAUGAACGGCCCCGCUAACGUCACCCUCAACACCACCGGCAACCACUAUUACAUCUGCACCUUCGGCUCCCACUGCCAGCAAGGUCAGAGGCUCAGCAUCACCGUCAGCCCCUCCACCGGCGGCGGCGGCGCCAUCCCCCCGACGGCCGCCCCUCCGACCACCUCCGGCGGUGCCGUCCCUCCCACGGCCACCUCCGGCGGUGCCAAUCCUCCGGGGGCCACCUCUCCAACCUCCCCGGGCGGUGGAAGUCCUCCGGGCAGCCAGGGUCAGCCUGGUUCCGGCGCUGCUUCUUUGGCCGGCAGUUUCUUGUUUGUUGUGCUGUCUGCCGGAGUUGUUCUCGCUGUCUAAUAAGCCCGGAGAGGAGUUUGUACAAUUAUUUCUUGCCUUUUUAUUUUUUGUUUUUUGUUCCUUUUGUAUUCUGUUCUUUUAUACGGACGUUCUCAGCUGUUGAUGAUCUCGAGGGUGUAGCACAUUUCUUAUUUCGUAUAGUAUUGAUUACUAGAUGAUUAUCAAUAAAAUUAUCGUUUAUUUUGCGGAAAAUAGAGGCGUAUUUUUUAUU